GCUGACAGGCAGCAGGCUGGCCGGAGACCGUUGGUGCUGCUGCCGUUGUUGUUGUUGCUGCUUCCGCCGCCACCGGUUUCACUCCACGUUGUGAGCUUCCGUCCGGAUACAAAGUGACGCCGGAGCGGGACUUAAAUUCAGUUAAAGGACAGAAACAACAGCAGCAAAGUGUUUUCGGAGGCUUUGGACUCGCUGACCGGCUGAGCUUUCUCCUCUCACGUCCUCCUCCCGGUCGUCCGCGGACAGUGGUUUGAGUGAGAGUCUGACCGAGGAGCCGACAGUCGAGAGGUGUUCGACUGCAUGAAGAGGCCGAGUGACGGGACUCUGGUCCUCACCUAAACCCCUCCCACGACCUCUCCAAAAGCCUGGACAUGAGGUCGUUUCGGUCGUUUGCAAACGACGACCGCCACGUCAUGGCCAAGCACGCCAGCAUCUAUCCAGCCCCUGAGGAGCUGGAGGCUGUCCAGACGCUGGUGUCUACCGUGGAGGGAGCCCUCAAGAAAGUCUCUGAUUGGAUGGAUGACCUCAGCAAAUCCUCAGGGAAGACAUCCACCAAUAACGAGGCCGGGGAUGACACUGUGGAGGAAGAUGCUGCUGAGAAAAAGCUGGAUGCUACAUCGGUGCUGUGUGGGGUGACGCGUGUCGGCCUGGUAUCCAAAGGGCUCCUCAUCAAAGGGGACAUGGACCUGGAAUUGGUUCUAAUGUGCAGAGAGAAACCCACCAAACUGCUGCUCUACACCAUCAGCGCCAACCUCCCCCUUCAGAUCCAGACAAUGACCGACGACAAAUACGAGGUGCGGUCGUGCGUGCCCGAGGCGGCCAUCCAGGUCUGCACCACCAAAGACCCCCAUCUCACGCUGAAGAUCACCCUCUCCUCCUUAGCCAUGAGGGACGAGCAGAGCGCCACGGAAGAAGAGGAGGGCGAGCAGGACGCUGACAAACGGAGACAGGAGGAGGAGGAGGAGGAGGAAGAGGAGGACGUCCUGGACAAGCAGAAGUGCCAGGCGGCACUGGCUUCACUCCGACACGCCAAAUGGUUCCAGGCCAGAGUCACAGAUCUCAAGUCCUGCGUCAUCGUUUUGAGGAUCCUCAGAGACAUGUGCAACCGGCUGCCUGUGUGGCAGCCUCUCAAGGGCUGGCCUUUGGAGCUGAUCUGUGAAAAGGCCAUAGCCACCUGUAACCGGCCGCUGGGUCCAGGUGAAGCCCUGCGCCGCGUCAUUGAGUGCAUCGCCUCAGGGAUUCUCCUCCCAGGGGGUCCAGGAGUUCAUGACCCCUGUGAGAGGGAGCCCACGGACGUCCUGUCUGACCUCAGCGCCCAGCAGGCCGACGCCAUCACACACAGCGCUCAGCAUGCGUUACGCCUCCUGGCCUUUGGACAGCUUUACAAGGUCUUGAAUAUGGAUCCUCUGCCCGCCAGCAAGCCCUCACCGAGGCUGUUAGAAGGCGGCUGUCAGAAGAGGCUCCGGGAGGACAUCGGGUCAGACGACAGGGACUUCAUCAAAAGGAUGAAAGUGCUGGACUGGAGGAUGACCGAUCCAAACCAUCCCAUGAAUGCUCUGAUGCGUCUGAACCAGAUCCACCCGGGCCUUCAGUACCGCCUGCUGUCCCAAUCCGGCCCAGUGCACGCUCCAGUCUUCACCAUGUCCGUGGAAAUCCAGGGAACCACAUACCAGGCCACGGGGAACUCCAAGAGAACCGCCAAGCUCCAAGUAGCCCUCAAGGCGCUGCAGGCUUUGGGCUACGUGCUCGGCAGCGAUGGAGACGUGGACUCGCUGAGCGCCGACGAGAAGUCAGAUGGCGAAGGGAAGAACGACAGGAUGUCCACCAGCUCCAGCUCCACCUCCAUCACCUCCUCCACAGACACACAGGAGUCUAGAGCUCCUGGACCGAUCCUGACGGCGGGAGGUAAGAACCCGGUGAUGGAGCUGAAUGAGAAACGCCGCGGCCUCAAAUACGAGCUGAUAUCAGAGAGCGGCAGCAGCUACGACAAACGCUUCAUCAUAGAGGUUGAGGUAGACAAGCAGGUUUUUCGGGGAACGGGUCCCAACAAGAAAGUAGCCAAAGCCAGCGCUGCGCUCGCCGCUCUGAACAGCCUGUUCUCCGGCUGUAAAUCUACGACCAACAAGAAGAAACGGCCAAACCCUCCACCAAAGCGACCCGUGGCUUCGGUCCUCACCCUCCCAGCCCUCGCUGCCAGACCUCCACGGGUCCCCGUUAUCCCCAGAGCUCCCUACAUCAGCACCCCACCCGCACAUGGAUACAUCCCACCAGGUUUUGGUGCUCCUUAUGGUUACAGCCCUGCAGGCGCCCUCCCUGCUUACGGCGGCCUGUACAUCGACAGUGCCUAUUACCAGCCGCAGACCAUAGCCACACCUAUAAUCAUCCACCUGGGCCCUCAGGAUCUUUUCUGACCCUUCCAGUCCACAGAGGAAAGACACAGCAACAAACUCCAACCUCCCGUUGAAUCCCUCACCCUUAUUAAACAUUGUCAGCGCCCCUGGAUUACAGCGGCACAACUCUCCCGGGCUUCUCCUUCAACAGCAGCAAUAUUGAAAGCAAUAUAGGAGAAGGAAACGCCCCGGGCAACGCUCUAACAGGUCCAGGUCUGGUUUUUGGGGAACAGGAGGCCACGGUCGAGACUCACUUUUUUCUGUCUCAGAAAAUGUCAAUAAAACACGAAGCAAUACCCCUGCUGCCUUCGGGAAUCUCAGCGUGUCCCAAAGCAGCUCGACUCGAAGCGCUUUUUCCAGUCCAGCUGCUGAACUCAAACAGGCCAUCAGCACAUUCACAACAGUGUGACCUACUGUAUGUAAAUAUGACAUUUACUAUCUGUACAUAUGGAUGUGUGUGUUUUAAAUAUAUAUAUAAAUAUAUAUAAACAUGUUAAUAGAUUUGAAUAUGUAAAACCCAACAUUUAUAAUCUAUCUGAAUGUAAAUACACUAGUGACUGAAGUAGGUUUGUAUUUAAAGCACUCUCAGAUAUGAUAUCUAUUGAAACUUACAUUUUACAAAUUGUCUAUAACGCUGUAUUGCUAUGUUGAUUCUAUAUAAUCCCAAAUUUAACAUUAUUGCAUAUAGUAGAUUAAGUAGUAAUUUUCCAAUCUGAUUGUCUUCAUGUUUUCCAUCUCUGCCGGUAUGGUUAAAUCAGUGGUUCCCAAUAUACGGGAUGAGGACCCAUAAGAGGUCACAUGGCAAGUUUUUAAAUAGGCAGUUUAAAGAAGUUUUUAUUCUAAAUCAACAUUAUUAAAUCCUUAAACUGGAUUAAAUUUAAUUCACAUAGUGUCUAUUCACAGCAACAGUGGCUUAUACUUUGUUGCUGUUUUAUCUCUAAUAUUAUACAAACAGAUAAUCGACUAUGAGAAACACUUGGAAACAGUGGGAAGGAAGAACUCCCUUUUGUAUACCAUCUACAUCUAUCUAUAUACGUACCAUCUGCAUUCAUUCAAAUAUAACCCCAAGUAAAUAAAGUAGUGCUCUCAGCGUUAAUCUCGUUAAAAUGGCGUUAACGCCUUAACCGCAUUAACGCGGCAAA